AUGAGCACCACAGCGCCCCAAACUAGCAAGGAGAUGAGUCUCCUCCCUCAGGAUCUCCGAGGUCAGAAUGCCCUGGUAACAGGUGCUUCCCGCGGUAUUGGCCGCGCCAUAGCUAUUCACCUUGCCAGUCGUGGAGCAAACGUUCUUGGUACCUGUGCAUCCACUGAAUCACUCAACCUAUUCGAAUCUCUCGAAAAGACCGUUCAACAGGGAUACCACUCAAGUCCGUUCGGCGCCCCAAGAGUCACGGGAUUGGUUGCCAAUCUUCUUUCGCCAGACUUGGCCGAGACGAUUGCCAACAAAGUCCAGGAUGAGUUCGAUGGCAAACUCAACAUCAUUAUCAACAACGCAACCCACUUUGAGGCGCGGCCAGUCCGUCAACUUGAUGCUGAAUUCAUCCAGAGGGUCUUGCUGGGCAAUGUACAGUCUUUGGCGCUGACGAUGGACGUGCUUCUCAGACGAGACUACAUCCAGCCGGAAUCCCGCGUUGUCAAUAUCUCAAGCGAUUGGGCUCGUACCGCAGCAGCAUCGUAUGCCAUGUUGUACGCAUCGACCAAAUCAGCAAUGGAAUCUCUGACCCGAUCUUGGGCGGAUAUUUUGAGCCAGGACACAACGACGCUGGGAACUACGGUGAACUCCCUCUCAGUGGGUGGUACGGCGACUGAUGCGCUCACUGGGAGUGCGCCGCCGGAUAUGCGCGAAGCCGCAUUGAAGGUUCUGGGCGAGGGAAAGUCAAUCCAUAACGGAGUCGGACUUCCAGAUGAUGUUGCCAAAGUCGUGGGUCUGGUCGUAAGCGAGGCGGCGCGCUGGAUCAAUGGAAGUGUCAUUGCAGCCAAUGGCGGCUCAGUCAAGAUUUUAUAA